GUUCUAAAAUUGUCCAAAAUUAAAGCUAAAAAAACCACCAAAAUUCGUGUAAAAAAUUGGCAAAAACUUAUUUCAAGUGUCUUCGCACCUGGAAAUCGCUCAAAAGUGAAAAACGUGAGAAAUACCCGAGUCGUUCAUGUAAAAACUGAAGCUAAAAAAUUUGUGCAGCCAAAAGGCCUCCGUCGUCCUCCCAGAAGCGACUUCCAACCAGAAUGGACAAACAAAGGAAACCUUUGGAGAAACUUUGUGUCGGACAACUCGCCAAAUCGCAGAGCAGGAAGAGGAAACACGAUCGCAUCACAGAUUCAGAUGACACGGAUUACGAACGUCCAUUGAAGAAAAGUUCAAAAUUGUCAUCGCCCUCGCCAGAAAGAUGCGUGAAAGAAGCUGCUGCUCCGUUAUCUGGCUCCCGUCUCGCUGCCACGGAGCACAAUUUGACGUCACCCAUUGAAUAUCACUCGCAAUCGAGCUCCGUAAUUUCGCUUUCCGAUACUAGUCCUCCCACGUCGUCCGUGUUCAACUACAGCCCGAGCACGGAUGACGCCUCAAAAGACAGCUGGCACGCCGUCAAGGGCAACGAAACGCCCCAAAGUGUCGCCAGCAGUUGUUCCAACGACAGCACCAGUCUCAGCAGCGCCAACGUUACACUAAUCGAAGCCAAAAUCUGUAAAUAUAAUAUGCCGUGUUCCGUGACGCCGAAUGCGGAACAGCGUCUUUGCACCUUGCCACGUCUCAAUUUCGCCGAAGCCGACGAAGUGUGGAAACUGAUGUGUCGACAGGACGACAAAGGGUCCUUGGAUCGCGAUGCGAGCAUGUUGCAACGACACAAAGGCAUCCAGCCACGAAUGCGCGCCAUUUUACUCGAUUGGCUGAUCGAAGUUUGCGAAGUUUACAAGUUGCGACGCGAAACGUAUUACCUCGCUGUCGACUAUCUCGAUCGGUACUUAACGAAUGUGUCACAAGCCGUUCUGAAAAAUCACCUGCAACUCAUCGGCAUCUCGUGUCUCUUCAUUGCCGCGAAAGUCGAGGAAAUUUAUCCGCCCAAGCUGAACGAAUUCGCGUACGUGACAGAUGGCGCGUGUGCCGAAGACGACAUUUUGCGACAAGAGCUGCUCAUUUUGAGCACGCUACAGUGGAAAAUUUGUCCCGUUACGGUUGUCGGUUGGCUAAGUUUGUACAUGCAAAUUAAUGUGACGACAAAUUUGCAAAAUCCCGACGCACCGAACGCAGGUUUGUCCACUUCUUGCAAGAAAAGUGCCCAAAAGCAAACUAAAUUGCGUCGCAAAUCAAUUGCAGACCAAGUACUCCACGAAAAUCGACAGGCAGAAGCAUUCGUUUUUCCGCAAUUCAGUGGCAUGGAAUAUACGCAAGUGAUGCAACUCGUCGAUUUGUGCAGCUUAGACGUGGAAAUGGCCGUUUUUCCGUAUUCCGUGGUAGCUGCUGCUGCAAUUAGUCACAUUUUUGAUCGAACUACCGCAACUCGUCUCUCGGGCCUAAACUGGGACCAAAUUCACGAAUGUGCGCGAUGGAUGAAGCCCUUUUACGAUGUGAUCAACGAAGAAUCCGGUCCAAUUUUCCUGUUGGAACAAAACGAACAAAUUAGUUCGCCCUCCGGACUGAAACACAUUUGCCCAAAUAUCGUAACUGACGAGUCGCAUACCAUUCAGACACACCGAACUUCGCUCAAGAUGUUUGACACUGCCAUGGAAUACCGCUUAAAACAAGAAUCUGAACGGAUUGCCAGUCAACCAGAGGAGUCGCCAGCUACGGCAUUGGCGAAAUCCGUCGGUCUCCUAACACCUCCUGCCUCAAAUCGGAAGUCGCUCGGUGCGUGCGCAUCAUCGACAUCGAAGACGACAAAAGUUUAACAAAAAAAAAAACUACUUAAACACGGAUUUUUAUUGAAAAAAAUGCAUUUUUAACAACCUCAGAUUAGAAAAGUUCAAAAAACGGAGUGUUCUGUGAUUGUUGUGUGAAAGCAAGUACGAGAGAGAGUGAGAAAUGGUGUAAAAAUAGCAACUUAAUACUGCCAAAGAAUGAAAAAUUAAUAAGAAAAAAAAAUGAUAACUUAUGAAUGCGCGACAAUUAAACGUAAAUUUAAUGAAAAGUGCCAGUAAACUACAAAAAAAUGUACCUUCACACAUAAACAUUUCAUCAAAUUAAGAAAAAAAAAAUUUUUUUGUGAUCGUUUCACCUCAUCCUAUGUUACAGAUUUCAUCAUAUGAAAUGGUUACUUGAGAAAAUAUUUAUCAAAAAUAUGAUUUAA